GGAGGGAGCUGUUCUUCAGCACUCCACUGCCAUGGAAAGAAGCAGAGAGCUCGACAGAUCAGAAAUUCAGCUUGAAGCCUCUCUCUGCUCAGCGUUUCAGCUCCUUUCUGCCUAAUGCAGCCACAAGACAUCUGCAGUCGGAAAGAAAUACAAACAAGUGGCAAAGAAGACAAGCAUUAAGUUUGGAAAAUGGAAAACAUAUCCAUGGAUUUUUUAUCUAAUUCCUCAAGAAGGCCAGAGUGGUUCAAUGGAUCGAUGCCUCAAGUCAUUCCCAACUUUUAUCUGGCGUUGCCCAUCAUCUAUUCCAUCAUUUGUGCAGUUGGAUUAACUGGGAACACAGCUGUUAUCUAUGUUAUUCUCAAGGCUCCCAAAAUGAAAUCUGUUACCAACAUGUUUAUCCUGAACUUGGCUAUUGCUGAUGAACUCUUCACGCUGGUUCUGCCCAUUAAUAUAAUUGAUUAUCUACUGCUCCAGUGGCCUUUUGGAGAAUUUAUGUGUAAACUAAUUAUCUCCAUUGAUGAGUACAAUACAUUUUCUAGCAUCUACUUCCUGACUGUCAUGAGCAUUGACAGAUACCUUGUGGUUGUGGCAACUGUAGAAUCUAAAAAACUCUCCUUUCGCACGUAUAGGGCUGCUAAGAUAGUCAGCCUGUGUGUCUGGAGCUUUGUGACCAUAAUAAUUUUACCAUUUGUUGUUUUUGCCAAGAUUCACCAAGAGCAUGGUCGAUUGCAGUGUCUCUUUGUUUUUCCUAACCCUGAGGGCUUGUGGUGGCAGAUGAGCAGGAUCUAUACUCUCAUUCUGGGCUUUGCCAUCCCCGUGUCUACAAUUUGCAUUUUAUAUUCCAUGAUGCUUUACAAAUUGAGAAGGAUGCGUCUGAACACCAAUGCAAAAGCUUUAGACAAAGCAAAGAAAAAAGUGACUUUUAUGGUUGCCAUCAUUUUGGCCGUGUGCUUGUUCUGUUGGACUCCAUACCAUCUUAGCACUGUGGUGGCCUUAACCACUGAUAUCCCACAGACUCCUUUAGUUAUAGGUAUUUCCUUGUUUAUCACCAGCCUGAGCUAUGCCAACAGCUGCCUGAAUCCAUUCCUCUAUGCUUUCCUAGAUGACAAUUUUAGGAAAAGCUUUAGAAAACUAGUAGAGUGCAGGUCAUCAUAAAGGAUACAAGUGUGCAAACAGGUUGGUAUCCAGCUGUUGAACAACUACAUAUCCCAGCAGGCCAUGCAUGUCAGCAACUGACCCAGAAUGCUGGAACAUUUAGCCUCUUAUUUGCAUAAGGGUUAUACUAAGAUCAAACUCCUCCUAGCAAGACAUGCCUGGUCUUUUUACCAAGCCCUAUCAACAAUGACAUGUUCAUGCUUGUCAUGUCUUAACAGCUAGUGGACUGCGGGAUGUCAAACCUUGCAAAUAUUUAGUAAAGCAUGAUAGGACAUGUACUGUAGUUGUUCAACAGCUGCAAAUGGUUCAUAAUCUGGUAUGCUUUUGUACUUAUUCAGUAAGGCAGUGUAGCAAGGUAUGGUAAAGAGCAUAACUCUCAUCAGGCAAUCAGAUUGCAAAUGACUGUAA